AUGGAGCAAGACAACCAGCAAAUCUUACACCUCACCCUGGAGAUCAUCUACCUGCUGACCGGAGAGGAUUACAUGAUUGUGAAGAAGUCAGGUGAUCAGGUCACACCUAUUGGUAAGAUGGCCUCCACGCCUCUGUCCAUGAUAUCUGAGAGGACCAGCGAGCAGAAGAUUCUGGAGCUCAUUAAGAAGAUCGUAGAACUGCUUCCUGGACGGGGAAUGUUGGAGGCCCUAGAAGAUGUGACUUGUCAGGGCCACCUCUGGUCACCAGGUGAUAUUCGAGCCAAGGACCCGUGCAGCAGCUUCACAGCAUCCCCUGAAUCCUCCAGAUGUGCCCCGUGUCAUGUUGAUGGAGGCGGCAGAGAUCACACACAACAUUUGUCCGGCUCAGAUGAUGAUAUUUAUGGAUCACACUAUACAGCUAUAAAACCCGGAGAGGAUCUCCGCUCACCCCAGGAUCUCCGCCCCGCGACAUCUCGUAUGAAGGGGCAAUAUCUUCUGAAUACAGACACGUGUACCCCCAAGUGUGAGACAUGUUGUCUGGCUCUGCAAUGUAAGGAGGGGGAGGUCUCGUAUGAAGAAGAAAUGACUGAUAAUCAUAUGAAGACGGAAGCGGCUUUAUGUGAUGAUGAGAUUGUUAUAACUUGUAUAAAAGAGGAGCCGGAAUCAUGGCAGGAAUAUGAGGGGGCAGGCGCAGCUAUCGGUACAUCUGCCGGUGAGAACCAGGAGGAUCCGGGAUCUGGUGAUGAAGAAAAUCUUUCCGGCACGGACUCUCCAGCGUGUGCCAUGGAAUCCGGAAUAUGUAAAGGAAGAAUUCAUGUUGAACACGUGAAGAAGGAGCCUCGUUCCCGGCAUUGUUCCAGCACGGGGUAUACAAAUGACGGAGCAAUGACUGACGGUGCGGACUGCUGCAAGAACAACACGGAUCAUCGUAUGGCUGGCACACGUAACACGGAUCAUCGUAGAACGGGCACACGCAACACGGAUCAUCAUAUGACGGAAACACGUAAUCAUAUGACCGGUACACAUGACAUGAGUCACAUGGUAAGGGCACAAAGCCCGGAUUACUCGUCGAGUAAUGUCUAUAGUUGCCUCUUCUGUCAGCGGCAUUUCACUAGUUUUCGAGAACUUUCCAAACAUGAAAAGAUCCACAGUGCGGAGGAGCCAGCCGUGUGCUCAGAGUGUGGGAAAGGCUUUGACAGCUACUCCCUCCUCUUGGCUCAUCAGAAGCUUCACUUUGGUGAGCGUCCAUGGACAUGCACAGAGUGCGGAAAAGGUUUCUUCCGGAAGUCCCGUCUUGUCAUCCACCAGAGACGGCACACCGGGGAACGACCGUUUUCAUGUACAGAGUGCGGAAAGAGCUUUUCCUGUAAGGCACAUCUUGUGACUCAUGAGAAGAUUCACACCGGCAUCAAACCAUUCCAGUGCACACAGUGUGGCAAAGCAUUUAUCCGGAAGCCGGAUCUCAUUAUCCACGAGCGAACUCAUACUGGAGAAAAACCAUUUAAAUGUUCUGAAUGUGGAAAGUGUUUUGUGUGUAACUCUCACCUGGCCUCGCAUCAAAGAGUGCACAAGGAUCGUAGGCAGCUGACCUGUGCUAAGUGUGGGAAAUGUUUCAGAAAUGAGUCUCUGUUACAGGAACAUGCCAAAGCAUGCUCUAUAGAGACCCCAUAUUCCUCUUCCCUCCUCAGAAGAUCCGUACCUGCCAAGACAAGUUCCAAGGAGGGUCAUGUGAGACAUUUACCAUAA